CAGCUACAAAAAGCACAUAAUUUGUUUUAUGUCACGAUUCUAUUCAAUUUUCGAAAGUAUUUCCGACGUGAAAAAGAAGACAAGACCAACCGUUCUCAAGUGAAUCUUGAGCUUCAUAAUCAACAUAGCUCAUAGGAAAAUCGUUCUUUUAGGAGGUAAGGUUCAGGUAGAGCGCAGCGUGCUCACGAGCAACUAGAAGUAUGUUCCCUAUGUCGACGUAUCCGACAGCCCAAGCAGUUUCGGAGGAGUCUCCCGCUCCUCCGGCUGCUGCGCAAGUCGAUAUGAGUACUCAGAUCCUGGAAUACAUGGUUUCUUCCACGCGGAAGCUAGCAGCAGAUGCUCACACUGUCUUGGAGGAUUUCAACCCGACGUUGGCCACCAGCGUUGACCUGCUAACACAGCACCGACUCGUAGAACUGGUUGCUCGAGGACUCGAUACGCUGAUCCAGGUGCUCGUCCUCGCCAACAAACAACCAGCUUAUACACGCAGGACGAGCAGCACGACACAGGUAAGUAUUGCGAAUGCAGUUGCUGAAGACGGACCGAGGAAUAGCGAAAGAACUAGUACUCAUCAAGAAGAGUCAGCGACGAUAUCGGCAUCGGGAGCAGAGACGUCGGACGCUAGCCCGGAGAAGCAGUCUCCCGAGGGCGGCAAAUCCAAAGAGGAUAUUAAGAAAGAAGGGGAUAGAACCACUAGGAGAAGUAAAAGAAAGACCUCUACUUCUGUGCAAGGAGUUAAUGAAGGACAAGAUGUAGUAGCAACCGCGGCAUCACCUGGAGGUCCCACCCAGGAUCUCCAGGAAUUCGUCGAAGGUAUCACAUCAGCGAUGAACGCUUUGCACGUUGACAUCUUUGGCGGAGAGGGCGAUGCCGGCAGAGCGUCCCAGUCGCCUCCACGGCCGUCUCAGUCAUCAAGGAAAAGCAAAACGAAAAUUGAAACUUCAUCCUCGACCAGAGCUGACGGAGUAGCAGGCGGCCCACUCGCGCGCGUCCCUGACGAUGGUGAAGAAGAGAAGAGCGGCGAGCAGGAGCAGGAUGAAGAAGAUGUUGCAGGUGACGGUGGUGUCGAACUAACCGACGCGGAUGCCGUAGAUUUGUGUCGCGUCUUUGUUGAUCUCGGCGGCGUCUUUCCGAAGUUUUCGCAGGUCUUGUCGCUAAGGACGGACAUCGUGCGAAAUCCUAAGAUACUGGCAGCCAUGCGCAUGGCUCAUGAACAGUGCAAAUCUCGAGCUGUCACUGAAAUCGCUAAGCACUUGAGCAAAGAAGGCAUUGGAAACUCGUUUUUCCGCGAAUUUCGGCUGUCAAAGCGCGGCGUCAAAGCGGGGAGCAUUUGCCAGGUGACGCGUUUUUUUGAGCAACCUGGCCGCAAUUACCGAUCGUCACCAGGGAAGAAAAAUAAGACUUCUAGAUCUACAAGAACUUCUCCAGACAUCAAGCGAAUUUCUAGAAUGUCCGAAAAAUCGCCUUCGCCUAAUACAAAGUCUGAGCAGGGGACCUUCGACAGUGACGCCUUCUCUCCGGCUGCUCGAUCCACGCGGGGAAGCCAAAGGCCAGUAAACCCAGCAGCUUUGGCGGAGUUUGACUCCGAGAACAAAAUGACGGACCCGAUGCCCUCGGCAACUUCGUCGGCCGCGGAAGACGAUGGCCUCAUUGCGGCGAUUUCCUCUCCCUCCGCGUCUCCAACGUCGCCAAAAACAAGAGAGUUAAUCUUGUCUUCGCCUUCACCUGAUCAGAAAGAGGGCAGUCCUUCGAGAUCCAAGAAUAAGCGCCGUUUUACAACUAGCGAUACCCACGGAGAAAAUAUACAGAAAGACAGGACACCCUUUGGAGUAGUGAAAACAUCUUUCAGCGAUGACGAGCGGCUGUUCGCGAUUGAUUUCCGCCUUUUGCGUGAAGAGACGCAAUUUGUUAAGCUGGCAGAGCGGAUGUACAUCGUGCGUGGCGCUGAUGUCGCCAAAGUGCAGGAAUCGGUCCACCUGCUGCUUUCUAUGGAGAAGCAGUUUCUCGCCGAGUUUAACAUGGACUGGGAGCGCCGCAAUUUGCACUUAGGACGCCGUACUGUCGCCAAAGUGAUGCCAGAUUUGACCCAGGAUUGGUACAUCCGCUGGGCCGACAAAGUGCUCCCGCAUCUGCUGGAGUAUCACCACGUGCGGUUCUUCGGUGCGAUUGACGGCGCUACUGACGCUAUCCAAGCGCGCAGCCCCGGCUCUGCUGACGAAGAGGCCUCUACCGUAAUGCCUGGAAUGAUGUCUGGAUUAGGCGGGGCAGCCGAGGGUAUGGCGAGCGGCGACUCGGCUGCACGCGCGCAGUCGGCAACUAUGGCACAUGGCACGUUUGGCGGCGUACGUGGUCUCGAUGUCAUGGCGUCUAUCAUGCUCAUGAACGUUAUGGCCUUCCACUAAAGUUUCGUUAUAAUUGAAAUGGAUCUCACUCAAAGCCCCAGGGGCGCUCUGAGUGAAUAUGCGAUUGUAUCGCUCGGGAUCACGACCAGGAAGAAAUGGCAUCGCAUUGGUAAUCGUGGACCCUUGUAAUUCAUUACUUGUCCACCCCCAGCUCUCCCUCCUGAAGCAAGAUCUUUCUUUAGAGAGAAGCAUCGCUAAGAUAGAGACAAGCAGGGGCAGCAAGCAGCAAUACGAACGGGUGAAGCGAUCGCUUGAAAAGAUGAAAAUCAAAGUGCCACGAGUUUUGGAUGAAUUCUUAUGCUGGAGGUUGUGACAAAAAGAAUAUUAUAUAUGUUGUACCUCUGGUAUCAUAGGAAUGAGUAUCACAAGCACGAUAUUAAGACGAGCUAUGAUAUAAUCGUGUUUGUGUAUGUAGGUGGAUGCUCUUCGUAGACAUAUGAUAUUGCCAGCGACGCUCAUUCGAUUUCGAAUUAUAGUUCAAAAAAGAAGCUUUCAUAAUAUUGCACCAAGCGAGUUUUGUGUAUGGAGUGGGCGCCAGGCACGAGUUUCAAGGAGCUUCUCGACCGCAGUUUGGAGGACCUAAAAUGGCGCGAGUCUGGAAGAGACUCCUCCGUCGAUAAUGCUAGCCUCACCAGAAACGCGUCAACAGGUGUGGCUUCGCCAGGUCAGCAGGAGGAAGCUACCGAAGUGGAGAACGACGAAGAUCACUUGGGCUCCGAGCUAGCGAACCCUUCUAACGCCGGACUCAUUCUCGCAGUAAUUAAGACCUCGUCGUACUAGAACUAUCUUCAGGUGUAUCUUCAGAAUGAUCGACUUCUUGUUCCUCGCUGACCUUCUUCGAAAGGUUAGGGUUUUUUUACUCGAUGCCAAGAAUGAAAUAGAAGAGAGACAACAUCAUGAGAUAAGUUAGUAGAGAUGUAUUGUUCUGGUAUGGUAGCCUGAUUUUGAUCAUAAGAGAAAACCAGAAGAGACUCCUUGUGAUCAAAUUCAGGCUACCAAAUACCGGAGCCACUCAAUGAGAGCAACUGGACUCCAGCACAAGAAGAAGAACAAGCGCCCACUCUCUAAGCUAACCUUUUUCUCGAUUUUGGUGCCGCUUUUUGGGCGAAUGUUAAUGCACGAGGGUAUCUGCCAUGCAGAUCCGCAUCCAGGAAAUUUCAAUUACGGCCUCCCCUAAUACAUCUCUAUAGGGAUCCCUCAACCGUAUGCGCACCAAUACAAGUCUUCUAUAGGGAGAAUCCCUGCAGAACAGUAUGCACCCCAAUAGAUACAACCUCAACCGUAUGGUGCGCACCAAUACAAGGGGAAUGGUGACGUUUACGCUUGAGGGAUUUCGUUUCCAUAGGGAUGAAUUGCGGAGAGAUCUAACUCAAGUUGUCCGGUCGAAACCUGUGGAUUCUCGACUGGGGCACCAUCCUGGAGGUGCCCGUGAGAAAACGGCGACUCUUUUCAAGGCUCGUGCUCAACAAUUUUCGACGCCAGAAGUUUAUUCUGCAGGGAGCAAUAAACGAACAUAAGGACGACAACACUGCAGACGGAGGGGAACAAACCAGUGGCGCGAGUGCUUCUGCAGCACCGGAUAAGCAACAGUUUCCCUCGAGCGGCCCUACGGGCGCAGGCUGCAAAGAAAAUGUUAAAGCAAUGCUCGCUGAGCUAAGGAAAUCGAUGGCCAACGACAUGCGGUCCUUAAUGCCUAACCCAGAACGGGCAGCUGAAUUGUCGGAUGAAUACUUGGAACAAGCAGCUUGCGCCUUAUUCGACCCCAACAUCCAGGAAGCCGACCGAAAGAUGGGUGUGAUGCGAAACCGGGACCCGAAUGCAACACUUUAUGUGCUUAGCUUAUCAAUAAACCUUGUGACAGUGCCGAAGCUUGCUAGGCAGUAUAACUAUAACAGCAACUACACGAUGCAUGUUUGUUUUUCUGUUAGCCUUCUUGUAGUAAGUCUUGUAGCUAAAAAGAAUCAAUGAAUAAGUAAGACUCAACCCCUCUACAUUCAUGCAUCGCAGGGUGAAGACUUGUCCGAACUGUUGGCUCCUCCGCUGUCGCAGGUCGUUCGCAUGGUUGCCAUUCUAGUCGGCAUUUUGUCUCAGUUGGAAGAGAUGUUUGCGAAAGAGCUCGAAAAGUCAAACGCUAAACGUGGCACAGAUGGCGGAAGUGCAGCCGAGCCUCGAGCGACAAAAAGUGGAGAAUCUUCAGCUACAACCACGGAUAGCAGUCCACCUUCUUCCGCGCCUCGACAGCUUUGGCUUCCAGAAUUGUGGGCUCCUUUGGCAGAAGAAGCAAUCCGCAAGAUGGACGAGGACGCCGCAGCCAAGGAAGCUGAGGAAUAUAGGUAGAAAAAAAUGCAAAAAUACGUAAGCCAUAUUGUAUUUAGUGAUCAGAUCAUGGAUCAUCCAGAAUAAGAAUGGGGAUCCAUGAUCAUGCAGAAACUACGAAUCGAUCAAAAGAGAUGCGACCCUGAAUUUAAUACUAGAUAAGAAUUGAAUUUGAAACUACAUCCAGUACGAUAUUAAGGGAAUGAUGUUAAUGUUGAUCUUGAUUUUCAUGUACAGACAGAAGGCCGAACGAAGCCGACUUCUUUGUUUUUAGUGGAUGAAUUCCAAGAAUGAUGAAGGGAAUAAUACAUUACCUGGAUGACUGAAUUAUAGAACUAAGUAAUAAAUCGGAAAAACAAGUUUUUGUCUAGCACAUGAAUUUAGCCUCGCAGAAGAAGAGACUCACAAGUUUUUAGAUCAUCGUUGCAUUACUUUUACUAGUACUCGUGAAAAAUUAAUAGUCGUAGAUGAAAUUUGAGUAAGCACGAUGGACGACAGUGUACGAAAUCGAAAUAGAUUCCGCGAACGAGAUUCAUCAAAGUGUACAAGAGGAAUGAAUUUGAUACGGGCAGUACAUCCCGCCUACGUGAAUUCUCCAUACAACUCGAAGCCACCUGAAAACCGAUGGCGAUCCAUGUGGUCACUUGUUGCCCUGUGCAGCGUCCUCCUAAAAGUCGAAAAGAACAAAAAACACAACACCCGCACACUGGA